CCUACACAGCGCUCCGCGAGACUUCGCGAGAUUUCGUUUCUGGAGAUAAACAAAGAAGACGCCAUAUUACUCAAGAUAUAAGCGAUUUGGGUAUGGCGUUUUCAAUAUUAUAUUGGUCUAAUUAUACGGCGGGGACAACAAAACUUAUGCGGAAGUCAGAGACUGCCGUACAGUCCGACCACGUUUUUAAAUUUGUUUACGACAAAGAUGCUCAGUAUAUAAGGGGAAUUGUCCAAGCCUCCAUGCGAGACCGGAGCUACCAGGUCACUAUAACUCUUGGUUCCAACUACACCGUUGAGCAAAGCACAUGUGAAUGUGUGAAUGGGUUGGAUAAAUGCCACCAUAAAGCCAGCAUUCUUCUCUAUGGGUACAAAAACGUCAGUAAAACUGAUGUCCGCCAAAGUUGGAUCAAACACCCCAAGACCUCGUCAGACUAAGACGAUGGAGGAACUUUUUCCUGCACCUGACAGAUUUUUAAAUUACAGCCAUGCAUUGGAUUUUGGCACCAGAGCCCUCUGUACCUCAGGUGCGCGUUCCAGUCAUUGACGACUUAUUGAGUAAUCAAGAAUUCCUGGCUGCAGAGCAUCCAAUGACCUGGUUACGACAGAGACUACUUGUAAAUGAUCAACAAAUUCAACAGAUUGCUGCUUUGACUGUUGGACAAAAAGACAACUGUCUCUGGUCUGCCAUUCGCAAAAAUCGUAUAACAGCUUCUAACUUUGGAGUUGUUCUGGCUGCAGUAAAAAGAAACAGAUAUCCAGUUUCUUUGUUUAAGCGCCUCUGCCAAGCCUACAACCUUUCCAAAAAAGAUGCCAUAAUUUGGGGUGUUUGCAACGAGAAGGUUGCAGUUGAUAAAUACAGGACAUAUGGAGACGCAGUAGUAGAACCAACAGGCAUAUGGCUCCAUAGUAAUGGCGUACUGGGGUGUAGCCCUGAUGGAAUUGUACGUCGACCAGCUUCAUUCGGGUUCCAUUACCAAUCUCCAGUCCUGACUGACAUAAUGCAAGCAUGCAAUAUUCGGCCUACAUUACUAGAAGUCAAGUGCCCAUAUACAGCCAAGGAAAAAACAAUUUCUGAAGCAAUCGACACCAUUGAUGAUUUUUGCUUAGAGUUUCAAGAAUUUUGUGGAGAGAGAACAUACAAGUUGAAGGAGACUCAUCCAUAUUAUGACCAAGUUCAGGGACAACUCUACAUAACUGGGAAACAGGCCUGUGAUUUUAUGGUUUGGACUCCGAAAGAUUGCGCUAUUGUAAGGAUUACCCAGGACCCUGUUUGGCAGACGAACAUUUCCGUUCUUACAGACUUCUAUUUCCAUAGAUUCAUACCACACUUACAGCAAUUGUAA